AUUAUAAAAGAUUCCUACCUUUGAUGUGUGAAAAGAUGGUGACCUACUGAUAAAGAAAUUCUGUGAUAAAAAUUAUAUCUGUUGAAGAAUCUUUUCCAUCAUACAAAUGUUGAUAGUUUUGAAACUAGGCAAUGCAUUGGAGUUGGAUACACUUACAACAAUUUAUGAUAAAUACUUCUAUAAAACUUAUAUAUAAAUAGUAAAAAAAUUAUGAAUUCUCAAAAAUUAUAUUGAAUUAAAUUAAAUUGGAUACAAUGUCUCAUUGUGAAGAAGAAGUAGCAUCAUCUGGUUUUCACCAAUUAAGCAUUACAAUUGAAGGUGCUAUAUUAAGAAGUUCUACGUUUCUAAAGCCUAAUCCUUACAUAGAAUUUUCUGUUGACGAUAAAAGUCCUCGGAAGACAGAAGUUUCAAAAUCCACAUAUCAACCAAAAUGGAAUGAGGAAUUUACAAUACUUGUAACUCCAUAUUCUCAAUUACAUUUUCGAUUGUUAGAUCACAGUACAUUUCGAAAAGAUACUUUAAUUGGAGAAAAGAAAAUAAGUCUUUCUCAAGUAUUAUCUUAUUAUAAUGGAAAAUUAGAAAAUAUGGAAGUAACAUUUGAUUUAAUGAGUGAAAAUAAACAUGAUUCUCAGCUAUGUAAGGUUGGAGAACUAAUUACAAUAUUUGAUGGAUUAAGAAUCAAUAUGCCAAAUACAUCAUCAUUAGCUAUUAAUGAAUCACCAUCAUGUCAGACACAAUCUGUUUGCAUGCCUUUUGAUGGUGUUUCAAGUAAUGAUGCUGUUAGUAAUAGUAGCAUUCUUAAUGGAGGGAUUCGUGCUCGCAUGAGAUUGCAUGAAGCUAAACAUGUUGCAUCAUCUACAUUUCAUGGAACAUUAACAAGUGUUUAUCAGAAUUCUACUUAUAAUAAUGGAAGUGAACAAGUCAAUGCUAACAAAAAUAAUGAACAGAUUGAUUCUAUUACAUCAAAUUCACUAUCAAAUGGACAUGCAAUAUCGCCUGCAGACAAAUCUAUUGUAACAUUGUCAGGACGAUCUACAGCACCUUUAUCAACAUCUGUAUCGACAUCUGGUAUAGUAGAUGGAAGAAUUGGUACAUGUACAGAACAAUUUCCAAAAGUUUGUGUCUCAGAAAGUCGUAAUAUUUCUCAACUUGAACAAUCAACAGUAUUGCCUGGAACAGUUGGAAUAUCUAGAUCAGAUCAAUUGACUGUUAAUACAGACAUAUGUUCACAUAAUAGAACAGAACAAUCUAUUUCUAAUGAACGUAAUUCUCGAACAGAAUCAGUUACUGGUCCUAUUUCAGAUAGUUAUGGAACUAUGAGAACGGAUCAAGAUACUAAUCCUUUAGUAGAUGAAUGUAUAGUUUCUAGAGUAGAUCAGUUUAGAAAUUCUGGUUUAACUGAUAGUCAGGGACAUUCUCAAACAGAGCAAUCUGUAAUGUUUACUUUACCAGAUGGUUCUCAUUUAGAACAACCUACAGUGUUUCUUAUGACAGAUGGACAUGGAAUCGCACGUUCAGACCAAUCUUCAAUAUUAUCCAUGGGUGAAACACGUAGAAUUUCUCAUACUGAACAGUAUACAAAUUCUACGACUACUCGUUCAAAUCCUCGAGUAAUACAACGAGUAGCUCCGCUAACAGGACAAACUACUAUGAUACCUGGUCAAUCAACUCAAUCUGAAUCUUCAUUAGUACUUGCUGAUGUUGAUCCUGCAAAUCAUUCUGAAGAGCCAUUACCUCCUGGUUGGGAAAUGAGAUAUGAUAUUUAUGGCAGAAGGUAUUAUGUCGAUCAUAAGACACGAAGUACUUCUUGGGAAAGACCACAACCUUUGCCACCAGGGUGGGAAGUUCGUAGAGAUCCAAGAGGUAGAAUUUAUUAUGUAGAUCAUAAUACAAGAACUACAACAUGGCAAAGACCAAAUACAGAAAGAUUGCAACAUUUUCAACACUGGCAAGGUGAAAGACAGCAUGUGGUACAGCAAGGUAACCAACGGUUUCUUUAUCCUCAAGUGCAUGGAAAUCAAGCAGCUAUAGCAGGACCCUCAACAUCUGUAGUUGAUGACGAUGAUGCUUUGGGACCAUUACCAGCUGGAUGGGAAAGACGUAAACAACCAGAAGGAAGAGUUUAUUAUGUAAAUCAUAAAAAUCGUACUACACAAUGGGAAGAUCCAAGAACGCAAGGACAAGAAACUGGAAUUGAUGAACCACCAUUACCAGAUGGUUGGGAAAUACGAUUAACUGAAGAUGGAGUUCGAUAUUUUGUAGAUCAUAAUACAAGAACAACAACAUUUCAGGAUCCAAGACCUGGAGCACCUAAAGGCAUUAUGUUUUUAUGUAGUCCUAAAGGUAUUUAUCGUGUACCAAGAGCAUAUGAAAGAUCAUUCCGAUGGAAAUUAUCACAAUUUCGCUUCUUAUGUCAAACUAAUGCAUUACCGAAUCAUAUAAAAAUUAGUGUCAAUCGACAGACAUUAUUCGAAGAUUCUUAUCAUCAAAUAAUGAAUGCAGAAGCUUUUGCGUUAAGACGUAGAUUAUAUAUCAUAUUUAAAGGAGAAGAAGGGUUAGAUUAUGGAGGUGUAUCAAGUGAAUGGUUCUUCUUGUUGAGUCAUGAAGUAUUAAAUCCAAUGUACUGUUUAUUUGAAUAUGCCAAUAAGAGUAAUUACAGUUUACAAAUCAAUCCAGCAUCUUAUGUUAAUCCCGAUCAUUUACAAUAUUUUAAAUUUAUUGGAAGAUUUAUAGCAAUGGCUCUCUAUCAUGGACGAUUUAUCUAUAGUGGUUUCACUAUGCCGUUUUAUAAACGUAUGUUAAAUAAGAAAUUGGUUAUGAAAGAUAUAGAGUCCAUCGAUCCGGAAUUUUAUAAAUCUCUUGUAUGGAUAAAAGAAAAUAAUAUUGAUGAAUGUGGUCUUGAAUUGUAUUAUAGUGUGGAUUUUGAAAUUCUUGGUCAAGUCAUACAUCAUGAAUUAAAAGAAGGUGGUGACAAAAUUAGAGUUGUUGAAGAUAACAAAGAGGAUUAUAUUAGGUUAAUGACAGAAUGGCGAAUGACAAGAGGUAUAGAGGACCAAACUAAAGCAUUUCUGGAAGGUUUCAAUUCAGUUGUACCACUAGAAUGGUUAAAAUAUUUUGAUGAACGUGAACUAGAACUGAUGCUCUGUGGUAUGCAAGAAAUAGAUGUAGAAGACUGGCAACGUAAUACAAUUUAUAGACAUUAUACACGAAAUAGUAAACAAAUCUUAUGGUUCUGGCAGGAAGCAACGGUCCUCAAAGAUUUUGCAUAGAAAAAGUAGGAAAAGAUACAUGGCUACCUAGGUCACAUACAUGCUUCAAUAGAUUGGAUCUACCACCAUAUAAGAGCUAUGAUCAACUAGUAGAAAAGUUAAACUAUGCAAUUGAAGAAACAGAAGGUUUUGGUCAAGAAUAAUUAGAAAUAUAUCUUAUUAAACAUAUAUGUCACUGCGUAUAAAGUGAUAAAGACAAAUUUAGUAUAGUAGUACAAAGUUUUAAUGGCUUUAUUUAUCUUGUUUUCAAUAACAAGAUAAAAUUAUUAAAUGAAAGAAUUUUUUUAAAUUAAUGAAAAACGUUUGUAUUAACCCUUUACGAACGAUUACUUUCUUCACUAUUAUUCCUAGCAAGUCAAGGAUAUUUUGUAUAUGAAACGAGAUUGAAGACUUAAAUAUUAGGGAUGCAGAAGAAUACGCAUCUUAUUGGCAGUAAUUCGAUACACUACAUCUUAGAAUAUAAUUUAAUUUUCAUAUUCUUUUGAAGUAUAGUAUAUUCUUGAGAUGCUCAAUUUGUACUUUUAUUGUUACCGGAACAGCAGCAUUUAACUGUGCUAAAAAAUAAAAUCAUAAUGUCGCCAUAGACAAUAUGUCGGCAAUAUUCGUCCGCAAAGGGUUAAAUUUUUAUAAAAAAUCUUCAUAUUAUUUUUAAUCAAAUAUGUUUUGUUUAUUUUAUGUAUGUUAUAAUUAAAUCUAAAUAUGUAAAAGUCGUAGAAAAUAUUAAUGAAAUGCACAGAAAAUAUUAACAAAUUUGUACAUAUUUACAAAGUAAAACUUAUAAAGGAUUUAUAGAAAUAAUAAAAUGAAAGCAAAGAUGCCAAAAUAAUUAUGAUAAUUAAUUUUUUUAAGAUUAGUUUUACUUUAUUCUCUUAUAUAUUUCAACAAUAAUUAAAUGAUAAAAUAUAGUCUGUUUCUUAAAUGUCAGUUAUUAAUUCUUUCUAUUAUUUUAAUAAUUUUCUUUAAUGAAAGGCUUAAAAAUUAUAAUAACAAAUGUUGUAUAUAUUAAGCUAUUAAUACAUUGUAUUUUAUGUGACAAGUCAAUAAUAAUUUUAUUUUCUGUCCAAAGUAGUUACAAAAAAUUAAAUUGAAAUUUUACAGGUUAGAAAAUGAGAAACAGCAGAUUUGAAAGUAGCUAUUUGUAUAAAACACGAGUUUAUAAAGAAAUAAUAUCUGAUAUCUGAUAUUAUUCACAGUUUAUGCAUUUUAAUUAGUUUUUUUUUUUAUUAAAAACAUAAGUGCAAAAAUGCUAUCUUUUGUCGUGAAAAUUUUAAUUUUAGAAAUAUUUAUAAAUUAUUAGCAUUUAUUAAUUUUUUCUUUGCGAUGCAUAAAUUUCGUAUUUUUUCUAACAAAUAUUACUACAACAAUAACGAAAUAGGUGAUAAAUUAAAGUAUUUAAUUAUUUUUAUUUUAAUGUUUUUAUGAAUAAUGAAACAUUAAUUUGAAAAAAAGUAAAUGUAUUAUGUUAGUUUAAAA